AUGUCUUUAUUCUCUCUUCCAACCGAAUGUCUUCUUAAUGUGAUCUCCUUGUUGGAUCAUGCAUCCGAUCUCAAUGCUGUGACAAAAACCUGCAAGUUUCUCCGUGCUCUCGCCAACCAAGAUCUUUAUACGCGAUUCUCCGGAAAAUGUAGUUCAGAAACCUUGGACAGAUUACUCCGCAAUGGCGAAGCAUUGGCUUUACGUCGGUUGCUUGAGCAUGGAGUAGACUUCACAAAAUCCCUGCCUCACAGUACUAUCAACAUGAUCCUGGAUGCAAUCGGAAAAGGAAAUCUCGAAAUCAUUCGCCUCGUGCUUGACAUAGAUCCCGCCUGUGUGAACCAGACAGGGAGUGUUCUGGGACUGGCGCCAAGCAGGAUGUUCCUUCCUGCUCAUUUGCCGCUUCUGAUGGCCCUGAUAAAUGGUCAAAUGGAUAUUGCAGAGUUCCUGAUUUCACGAGGAGCUCGAGCAGACCCUAGCCCCGAGUUGGAAAAGCGCGGGGCACUAUGUAGCGCAGCUUGGUGUGGCAAACUGGUCGCAGUCGACUUUCUUGUCAAAAGAUUGCAAUACGACGUCAAUUUCUCCUAUAACGAAUACUCGCCCUUUUAUCAGGCUGUCGAGAAGAGUCACUGGCAUGUGGCAUCUUAUCUUCUUGAAGCUGGAGCGGAUCCAUUGGCCGACUGGGCUGGACAGAGUUCAUCGAAUUUGCUGAGUAGAAAAGAUCAAAAGAAGCUGCGCCGAGCUUUUGCCUCACUCUUGUUGCAACUUCAGGCAGAUCCUACACAAUCCAAAUCCAAGGAUGGCUGGAACAGAGUGGUAAAAGUUGAUAAGAUUACGGCUUUUGUUAAGAAAAUGGUUGAAGCGUUCGAUGCUCUUGGUGAGAAUAAUGACGUGUGA